GUUGGGUAGCCAGUCCGAGUCUGACACACACACACACACUCAUGCCAAUGAGACGAGUCGAGAUGUCUGCCAUGCGCCUCCUGCUGCUGUGCGUCGCCUUCAUUUGCCUAUCAGUCUUGACAAGCGGAGCAGACGUAGUUCAGCCUGACUGUGAGAAACUGAAGUCUGUUAGAUGCUCACUGAACAGCCCACCUGUGUGUGCCAACAAUGGCCAGACCUACAGCAGCGCUUGUGGAUUCUGUUCUGUGAAACGGAGCACAAAUAGUCUGAUGUAUGUUGUAAAAAAUGGAGCCUGUUGAAUCCAUGGAUGGACACCUGGAGGUCUGCUGAUCUUUACUCUGCUUUGCACGUCACAAGCCCCCUUUGCCCCUCUGUUGACCCCUGCAGCCUUUCAAUUCUGAAAUAAACGUUUACUUCUGGCAUGAAAUCU